UAACUCAUAAUUUAAUUUUACUAAAAAUUGUCUUUACCUGAUGGCAAGCCCCGCCCACUUGCUUCAUUUCCUACCUGAUUGCGGAAGUAGAAGCAGCGAGCGUAGGUUCUUGCCUUGAUUCCCAUCGCUAUCCUGACGGUAUGUCAUUAGUACACGUGCACUCACGCUAGGACGCCAUCAUGAAGAACAAAACCGCGCUGUUAGCCUUCGUGCUACUCGGCAUCUGGAUGGUGGAUGGCGCGGAGAACCGCUCGGAGGCAGUGGCCGCGUCCCCCAGCAUGGUGGUGAAGGAAGGAUCCAGCGUCCUGAUUGAGUGUAACGUGACGGGGGCCCGCGAUGACGUCAGAUGGUUCAGCCCCAGCGGACGCUUGCUGGUUGGGAACCCAGCCGGAAAGUGGAACAUUGACGAGACAGGACAACUCAACAUCUCAGUCAUCUCCUUCAGGGACCGCGGCCGCUACACGUGCGUCCCCUCCAAUGACUCGGGGGUCGGGGACGCCAACUACACCAUCACGGUCCGCGUGGCCCACACGGACAGCGGCUUGGGUUUGUACUACGUCAUCGUCUGCCUGGUGGCCUUCUCCGUCACUAUGAUCCUCAACGUGGCCCGGCUCUGCAUGGUCAGCAGCCACCUGAAGAACACCGAGCUGGCCAUCAACGAGUUCUUCCGCACCGAAGGCGCCGAGAAGCUCCAGAAGGCCUUCGAGGUCGCCAAGCACAUCCCGAUCAUCACAUCAGCCAAGACGCUGGAGCUGGCCAAGGUGACGCAGUUCAAGACCAAGGAGCUGGCGCGGCAAAUAGAGGAGCUGGCGCGCAGCAUCCCCCUGCCGCCGCUCAUCCUCAACUGUCGCACGUUCGUGGAGGAGGCUGUCAACCCUGAGACGAAGCCCGCGGAGAGCGGACAGGAAGUAGUCAACGCAGAGAAUCAGGAAGUACAUGUCGCGCUGAUGUCCGGUGAGGAGGGACAAGGCAAUAGCGCCGACGUCAAGGUAGCGGUGCACUCGACGUACGCUUCACCUUAAUCCUCUUUACUUCAUUCAACAACAUGCCAAUGAGCGGCCGACUUAUUUAUAAUACAAGAUUGGUUGUAGCAGAGAUUCAAAUACUAAUUAAAGCUGCAAGCAGCGUUGAGAGGGCCCUCGCCGAUCCAGUACUUCAGUGUCAUAAUCAUUUGGAACAAUUCUGAUCAAGAUCGGAGUUUAUGGAGCUAAGUUAUCAAAGAUAAAAGUCUUGAGUCGAGUCAUCAAAUCAAAUUUGGGCACCAAGCCACGCCCACAUCCGAAGGCAUAGGCAAAAUUCCAUGGCAAUUUAUCAUAUCUGACAUUUUAGCCGCAACUCAUUUGACCAAAGUCCCUAUGAGGAGUUAAAGUUUUUGGCCCAAAAAUGGCAAGCGGAAACCAAGAUGGCCGACUUCCCGUUUGUUUUCAAAUAUGGGUUCUUGACACUUUAAUGUGCGCCCUGUCACCAUAGACGUCUCCAGCGAUGUUUGUGACGAUACGUGAAACUGGUGGGAAGGGCUAUUUUCUUAAAUUUUUCGAGGGAGUGCUCGACUGCCAAAACGGACGCACCUAAAAAAAAAUGGCAUGUUGUCAUACAUGUCAAGGGCCUCAAAAUGCGAUUAAAGUGGGAGAAAAAUGAAAACGGAGACAUUACAACAUGGCUCUCGCAGCCUCUGCUGCUCAGGCCUUAAUUACGUAAAAUUUAAAUACUGUUGACCAGGCCCUCGCACCCCCACGACGCAGGAUUCCCAUUCUGAAGUAAAUCAUGGAAUUUGGAACCAAAUAUACACACGCAUACCAUUUACCCACUAGUGGAUGUCGUCUGAGUCAAUACAAACACUGUCACAAACUAACCAAUCUUAACAAAUUUGGAGAUGGAGUUAUUUCCAUAGACAUCUUAUAAGUAGACGCAGCAUUGGCUGCUGUGACGCGAGAAAUUCGGCCGCCAUCUUGAAGUGGUGAUGAGCCGGCGAGCAGCCUAAACUGACAGCUGACAGGUAGAAAACAAAGAUGCAAACAUUUUCCUGCUCAAAUGAGCGGACUGUUGAAAAUAGGAAUCAGGGGAUUACUUUUCACUUAACAUUAACGUACUAUUGGUUGUAUUUUAUGAAAAUAAUAUUACCAGAGUUGAGAAGGAGCAAAUAUCUUCGAUAGUACUGAAAUCGUAGCCGCUAGCAAACAAGAGUAUGACCAUAAUAGAAUUGCUUGUCAAUUAAAUUAAUGACAUUUAAAAAUGUCAUACUUGAAUAACAUAAAGUUGAAAUAAAUGAUGAAGAUAAAGAUUGUAAAAGCCAACGGGGGUAAAAGUUAGGACCACAGUCCAGAUUGUGUGUGGGGGUGGGGGGGUAAUAUAUGUUAGCUAACUAGACAAUCAGAUGGACAGUGGCUAUACAGUAUUAUACAAGUCUAAAUCUAGUCUAGCUUUUCCAACCCAAUUUUGUGUAGCCCGCCUUCGAGAAAUGUGUGGGACUUUUGUCAAAAGCGACAUACAUAAAAAAAUACAUAUAAAACAAUCACUGUAAACAUUAUUUAAGGGAAGAAUGUGGUACAAAAUAUCAAUACAAAGUGUCAGAACAGAAUAAACUCUCAGCUGCUGCAGCAACAGAGAUACAGUCCAUAAGAUAUACAGAUAUCUAAUGUAUUCAUACAUUUUUUAUGUAGGAUAUACGCAUGUAUAUAUAACCUAAUCAUAUUGUUUCUUUAAUUUAAUAAUAGCUGACCGUUUUUUUCCUCCUUCUCUGGGAUUAUAUUCCCAGUUUUGCUCUCGGACGUCUGGUCACUUAUAGCAUAUAAGAAUAUUCUAUUACUGUUAAGCAAACUAUGAAUAAUAAAACACGCCAAAACAUGUGUCCUUUAUCAUAGCUACACGUAUAACAAAAAAGCGUGUGAAAAUCAGUAGUAUUAAGUGAGGUAAGAUGAACUAAAUGCGCUGACCGUUCAUUGCUCCUGCGAAAUGAAUUGCACUGAGUGGAGCGGAUCACCACUCCAAGAUGGCGGCCCCGCGUCUCGUCAGUGCCAGUAGGCUGUAGCGGUCGAUGCUGCGUACCCUUAUAAGAUGUCUAUGGUGUCAAGUACCUAAAUAUAUGAUUCUUAAGUUUAUAUCUGUAAAAUUAACAACAACAAAAAAGUUAGCAUGUGUCUAGUACCAAAAUGUAUAAAAACCCUGAGGUGUAUAGAAGACUUUGGGCUUUUUGCCGAAAUAUCCCACAAUGCAUUGCCGGCGACCAUGUUGGUAGGCUUUGUUUGCUGAGACUCAUUGUUCACAACAGAGCUAUUCAAUGUGCAUGUGAUUUUCCAAAGUAUUCAUUGGUAAAUAACGUGAUAUGACAGAUAGAUACUUUGAGUCACUAGACACGAAGUCUUUUCGUCGUUAUGAAGACAAAACAGCCGUAACUGAAUGUGAAGAUCCUUACCGUGUGGACAAGUCUGAGUGGAGUGGAGAUAACGACAUCAUCCCCAAUGUUUCAUACCUGGACUUUGUAAGGUACUUAAGUUUCAACCAAGCCCAUUUUACACUUUGAAGGACUUUCAAAAUGAUCAGUGUAGAAAGCUCUGAAGUUUUUUUGUUGUUUUUUUAGUGGAUGGGUUUGUUAUGUUUGUGUUUCUGUAUAAACCCAGUGAAGGCACUCUUGUGCUGUCAUCUAUUUUACAUUAAUUUCUACUUACAAUUUUCCCCCCAAUUUAUAGCUUACCUGAAAUGAAAUGAUCCGAACAAACUCAAUUGUGGCAGUCGACAACAGCACAUGUUAAUGUUAGCAUGCUAACAGUUAGCAUAUGUAAAGCACUUAAAUGUGACUCUUAACUGUACAAUGGCAAAAUGAAAUGAAACAGAUAGCAUGUUAAUGUUUACAUGCUAACAGUUAGCUUAUGUAAAGCACUAAAACAUUUGACUCUUUAAUGUACAUAUGCAAAAUUAGCUGAAAAAGCUAGCAUGCUAACAGUUAGCAUGUGUCAAGUUCCAAAAUAUAUGACUGAGGUGUAUACAGUUAGAAAUAAAAUGGAUGGAAUAAAAUAUAUAAUUAUUUUUGCGUAAUAUUCUCAUUUAUAGUAAAAAAAAGAAAGGAUAAAAUAAACACAUAUGCAAUACAGCGUGGUAUUUCCCUCAUUUGAUAUGUUUUAUAGAAACUGUUGAAAUUAGCAUAUAUAAUGUUAUGAAAUAUAUUUGUUUGAUAUAUUGUAUUUUGACAGUAACAAUUUGUCAGACAACUUGAAGUUUAUUUUUCAUGAACUGGAUUAUUAACUGGGAAAUGAAGUACAGCAAAGCUGUUGUUGUUUUUUUAAAUAUUGUUUUGACCUAAUUAGCAUUACACUUUUUCCUGUUUUGUUUACACAUUUCUACACUUCAAUGUAUUUUUAAGAUUGUUACUUAAAACAAUACUUGUACAGGUAAUAAACAGUUUAAUGAUGGUCACAACUUGACCCUGGAACAGAUUAAAUUCCUUCACUGUUAUUUCCUAUGGGGGUAAUGUAAUCUUACUGGAACCAGACCUUGUUUUUAUUUGCUGAGCCCUCACUUUUUCUGUUUCCUCCUACAUUUGUGUCACCUUGAUUAGUGCUCACUUUGACAGACCUUUUAUCUUUUUUUCUUUUUCCCCCUUUCUUGUUUCUAUGUCGAUACACAAAGAAGAGUGAUGCACAUUUAAUCUGUGCCUCUGUGUUGGUGAGUUAAUUUCAGGUUGAAUUUAUUUACAAAAAAACCGUUGAAUAAACAAUACACAGUGACCUUUUGCCGAGGAGAUUACUGUGA